GGCCGGCAGGGCAGCAGCUCACAGCGGCUUCCACCUCCUCUCCGCGCACAGUCCAAUGCCCAGCAGACCGGGGCGAGGAGCGACUGCGCUUUUCUUCCGUGACACGGCGAGUGCCUCCAGCCUAGUAGUUUUUCUGAAGCAGCCGUCAUAGCGGGAACACUUUUGGUAGAGAAGGAGCAGGAGGAGACCCCGAAAUGACUUACCUUCCCAGGCGCGACUAAAGAGGACUCACUGGAGUGGAACCGUAGUGGAAUUUGGGUCUGGAGAGGAGUUGCUAUCGUUGGUUUUUUUGUUCGGGUUUUUUUUUUCUUUCUUCUUCUCCGUGUUCCCUCCCCUCUUCUCGCCCAUCAUUGGAAAUGAACAAAUUGCAUCUGCAAUUCAGAAAGUAGAAAUACUAAAUAUUCCAUCCCCCGGGAAGCACACAUGUAGUAAUGACAAAGGAUUGCAAAGGAGAGAGUGGCUCCACUUUCCCAGAGAGAUCCCCUUAAAUGGAUUACUAAAUGGGACACUACAUCAGCUAGUUCUGUCCUCUAGCUGCUAAGAUACAUGCACCGAAAAGGGUGAAGUGAAGAAGUGAAGCCUCCCAGCUGAACUACUAUGAGGUCAGAAGCCUUGCUGCUAUAUUUCACACUGCUACACUUUGCUGGGGCUGGUUUCCCAGAAGAUUCUGAGCCAAUCAGUAUUUCGCAUGGCAACUAUACAAGACAGUAUCCGGUGUUUGUGGGUCACAAACCAGGGCGGAACACCACACAGAGGCACCGGCUUGACAUCCAGCUGGUCAUGGUCAUGAACAGGACCCUCUACGUUGCUGCUAGGGACCAUAUUUAUACUGUUGAUAUGGACACAUCACAUACAGAAGAAAUUUAUUUUAGCAAAAAAUUGACGUGGAAAUCUAGACAAGCUGAUGUAGACACAUGCAGAAUGAAGGGAAAACAUAAGGAUGAAUGUCAUAAUUUUAUUAAAGUUCUCCUAAAAAGAAAUGAGGAUACCUUGUUUAUCUGUGGAACAAAUGCGUUCAACCCUUCUUGCAGGAACUACAAGAUGGAUACGUUGGAGUUCUUGGGAGAUGAAUUCAGUGGAAUGGCCAGAUGCCCCUAUGAUGCAAAGCAUGCCAAUGUUGCAUUGUUUGCAGAGGGAAAGCUAUAUUCUGCCACAGUGACCGACUUCCUUGCAAUAGAUGCAGUCAUAUACCGGAGCCUUGGAGACAGCCCAACCCUGCGGACAGUUAAACAUGACUCAAAAUGGCUGAAAGAACCAUAUUUUGUCCAGGCUGUGGACUAUGGCAAUUACAUUUACUUCUUCUUCCGGGAAAUAGCAGUAGAGUACAACAGCAUGGGAAAGGUAGUUUUCCCAAGGGUGGCUCAGGUUUGCAAAAAUGACAUGGGAGGAUCUCAGAGAGUACUGGAAAAACAGUGGACUUCCUUUCUCAAGGCUCGUUUGAACUGCUCAGUUCCUGGCGAUUCACACUUCUACUUUAACAUACUGCAGGCAGUUACAGAUGUUAUUCAUUUCAAUGGCCGGGAUGUUGUUUUAGCAACUUUCUCCACUCCAUAUAAUAGCAUCCCUGGCUCUGCAGUCUGUGCCUAUGACAUGCUUGACAUUGCCAAUGUCUUCACUGGGAGAUUCAAAGAACAGAAGUCUCCUGAUUCCACAUGGACACCGGUUCCUGAUGAGCGAGUGCCCAAACCCAGGCCAGGUUGCUGUGCUGGCUCUACGUCAUUAGAAAAAUAUGUAACCUCUAAUGAGUUCCCGGAUGAUACUCUGAACUUCAUCAAAACACAUCCACUGAUGGAUGAGGCUGUACCUGCUAUUGUCAAUCGACCCUGGUUUCUCAGAACAAUGGUCAGAUACCGCCUGACCAAAAUUGCUGUGGACUCUGCUGCUGGGCCAAAUCAGAACUACACUGUGGUUUUCUUGGGAUCAGAGAAGGGAAUCAUCCUAAAGUUCUUGGCACGGACAGGAAACAGUGGUUUCCUAAAUGACAGCCUUUUCCUGGAGGAGAUGAACAUUUACAAUCCUGAAAAGUGCAGCUACGAUGGUGUGGAGGACAAGCGGAUAGUGGGGAUGCAGCUUGACAAGCCCAGCAGUGCCCUGUACGUCGCCUUCUCCACCUGUGUCAUCAAGGUCCCCAUGGGACGGUGUGAGCGUCAUGGCAAAUGCAAAAAGGCCUGCAUAGCGUCCAGAGACCCGUACUGCGGAUGGGUGAAGGAGAGUGGGGUGUGUAUGCAGCUGGUCCUUGGCUUCAAACAGGCAUUUGAACAAGACAUAGAACAUGGCAAUACAGAUGGCCUGGGUGACUGCCAAAAUGCCUUCGUAGCCCUGAAUGACAUUUCAACUGCUUCACCUGAUCAUGAAAUGUCUUACAGCACAGUGUAUGGACACUCCAGUUCCCUAGUCCCAAGCACGACCACUUCUGACUCUCGCGCUCGACAGGGUUAUGAUGGUAGGGGACGCAUGCUGGAUUGGAAGGAUCCGCUUGGUUCAUCUGAAAAUACAGAUCCAUAUGUGGCAGUUUCAUCCCAUAAUCAUCAAGACAAGAAGGGAGUGAUUCGUGAGAGUUACCUGAAGGGUCAUGAUCAACUGGUGCCAGUCACCCUCUUGGCCAUUGCUGUUAUUCUUGCUUUUGUCAUGGGGGCCGUCUUUUCAGGAAUCAUUGUGUACUGCAUCUGCGACCACCGCCGCCGGGAUGUGACUGUAGUGCAGAGGAAAGAGAAGGAGCUGGCUCAUUCCCGCCGCGGCUCCAUGAGCAGUGUUACCAAGCUCAGUGGUCUCUUUGGGGAUGCUCAGUCCAAGGAGCCAAAGCCUGAGGCCAUCCUCACGCCUCUGAUGCACAAUGGCAAGCUGACUACCCCAGGCAGCACUGCGAAGAUGUUAAUCAAAGCUGACCAGCACCAUCUGGACCUGGCCGCCCUGCCAACCCCUGAGUCCACCCCAACCCUGCAACAGAAGAGAAAACCCAGCCGUGGCAGCAGAGAAUGGGAGAGAAACCAGAACCUUAUCAAUGCCUGCACAAAAGAUAUUCCUCCGAUGGCCUCCCCUGUGAUCCCAACUGACCUGCCACUCAGGGCUUCUCCUAGCCACAUUCCCAGUGUUGUUGUCCUGCCCAUAGCCCAGCAAGGCUACCAGCACGAGUAUGUUGACCAGCCAAAAAUGAGCGAUGGGGCUCAGAUGUCUGUGGAGGACCAGAAUGCCACCCUUGAAUACAAAACUAUCAAGGAUCAUCUCAGCAGCAAAAGCCCCAGCCAUGGGGUUAACCUGGUAGAAAAUCUCGACAGCAUGCCUCCAAAAGUACCCCAGCGGGAAGCUUCCCUCGGGCCCCCAGGCACCUCACUGUCACAGAGCGGGCUGAACAAGAGGCUGGAGAUGCACUCUUCUGCUUACAACAUGGACUACAAGAGAAGCUACCCUUCUAACUCGCUCACAAGAAGUCACCAGGCGUCGACCCUCAAAAGAAACAAUACCAACUCCUCCAACUCGUCCCACCUGUCCCGCAAUCAGAGUUUUGGCCGGGGUGACAACCCGCCUCCAGCCCCGCAGCGGGUGGACUCCAUACAAGUCCAUGCUGCUCAGGCACAGGCCGUGACUGUAUCUCGGCAGCCAAGUCUCAACACCUACAACUCACUGACAAGGUCAGGGUUGAAACGCACACCCUCGCUAAAGCCAGACGUACCUCCCAAACCUUCUUUUGCUCCACUCUCCAUGUCCAUGAAGCCCAAUGAUGCAUGUACAUAAUCAGAGGGGGUGGGGGAGGGAGGACAAUUAAGCAGACGUUGCCCUUGAAAGCCACUGUUCUGCAACUGUUAUCACUUGCUCCUCUGAGAAGAUGGUUUGUUGCAAGCUGAAGAUGUGUUGGAUUUCUGCUCUCUGGGAAAAGUGGAAUAUUUUUUUAAACCUGAGCCAUAUGACCCAUGGUUGAAGGUUUGCAACUGCAGGACUAACCCCCACAACCCACCAGUUCUUUGCUCAAAAGACUAACCCUCCAUCACAAACAUUGAGCCAAAAGCACACAGGUGAAAGAUAAUUUGACAUUUCACCCUUCCCUCAGCUGCACAGUGCAUUCCUGAAGGAAUUCCUGGGAAGGAGUGCUCUGAAAAGCUAAACAAAUAAUUACAAAAAAUAAACACAUUUUAAAAAGAGGAAAAAGAAUGAAAGAAAGAACGAAAGAAAGAAAGAAAGAAGCAAACAAACAAAAAACAAAACAAAACAAAACAAAACAAAAAAAAAAAAACAAAAAAAAAAAAAAAAAGAAAGAAAAAAAAAUCCAUUGACAAAGCUAACUCUGACUUAACAAUGGCAGAAGUUUACUGCGUGCAGGUACUGUGAAAUGAUGCCCGUCAGUGUUACAGCCAUUUGGUUAAAGCAGUUAAAUGCCAUGCUGGGCAAGCUAUGUCAUAGAUUUCUGCUACUCUUCUCUUUUAAUAAAUAACGUGACUGUUAACGCAAGUAACUCCUCUUAUUUAUUGUUCAACUUUUGUUUUUCCUAAGGAAAUUACUUCUGCAUAUCAUCCUGUGAGCAGCUCUUCAGAAGUACCUUGAAAGUUAUACCUAUUUAACGUGAAACCCAUUAACUGGAGUAAUUAAAACUCUUUUAUUUUUCCAAUGAAUUCACUGAGUUAAAUUGGAGCUGGAAUUCUGAACUUUGUGCCUGGACUGCCUGAUUAGCUGAAAAAAAAAGGGGAUAUCUAUUUAAGUCUCUCAGCUAAUUAGCUGACUGGGCCUCUGACCUAAGACAGCAACAAAUACUGCAAGUUCAUAACUUCUAACGCAACUGCAAGAGAAACUCCUAAACGCUGCACAUUUGUGCACCAUUGCUAUCAACAUGGCUUUGUCAGUAGCUAAUACUUUCUGUGAAGGCACCAGCUUGUGAUGUGCCAUCUCAUUUCACCUUGCAUGUGAGACGGCAAACAAAAUCCUCAAACAGUGUGAACUAGUUAAUAUGCCGGCUGUUACCAUGCAUAAAUUAUGGUCUUAUCACACGGGUUUUUCGUGGGAAUAUAUCUGUGAAUAGCCUGUUUUCUUCCACAUGUAAAUUUGUGCCUUACACCCUCAGUUGUGUAUACUUGUGAGCUGUAGUAUGUAAAACCUUUUUCUUUUCCCCUUUGAGUAAUGCAAAUAUUUAUUGAUACUUCCUCCUCCAAGCCCCUUCAAGAACUGGAUUAAAGACAUUCAAAAACACACAUGGUGGUUAUUGUCAUAACCCUGUGUCAUUCAAGAAAUUAGGCUAGCACCAUAUCCUCUGCUUCAAUCUGACAUAGCUGUGCCAAGUCCUCUCUCAAAACCACCCACAAGCAGCAAUGCUCCCAAAGUACCAUGCUGGCAGUCCCGCGGUCCCCCACCUCCCUCUUGCUCUUUACCACCCAGCAGCGUGGGGAUCAUUGUCACUGAGCAGCAGGGAAGUGACCAACACCCUCACCCACAGGGAUGGUGUGUCCCCUGGGAGGGGUUGUGUGCCAGAUAGGGGGGCUAAGCCCCAAAAAAGAGCCCAGCAGCACAUCCCAGAGCAUGCAGGGCACACAGGGCUAGGACAGGCAGGCAGGCUUCUGCUGUAGCUACCUGCUACUCCAGAAGGAUGCUGCAUAUACUUCUUUGGGGAAAAAUGGGGUUUUUUUUCCUUUGUUUCUUUGGUGUGACUGUGCAUGUAACUAGCGUGGGAGUGUGCGCGUGCACAAGUGUGUGUGUCGUGUGUGUGCGUGCACGCGCGCAGGUGUGUAAGUUCCUUUCCAGUCUUUCAGUUUAUGCAAAAACGUAGAUGUGUUUUUAAUCUGUUAAAAUAACUGUGUCAACAUACUGUAGAAAAACGAUGGGGAUCGCUUCUAAGCUUUUUAUAUAUAUAUAUAUAUCUCUACUGAACAGUAUGUUUGAGUAAGGUGGUUGUUUCUGUUUCAAUUUGGUUUUUAAAAUUUUAUACUUCCAUUUGUUUGUCAGGGUUUUGGUUUUGUUUCAGAAUGACUGAAAAGACAGACUUUAAGUCCAUUAGCUUAUAGAUGUUAUAUAUAAAAUCUGGAUGGUCUAGACCAAAGUGUGUAACAAGGGUGCUUGCAUGUUCUUUCAUUUCAUCAUGGCUUCUUUUUUGAAACAGUUUUGUUCACCCUUAGUGAACUAUGCAGACUGGAGUAGAUAGUUCUGUAUCCAAAGGAAUGUUGUUGUUUUAAUAAAAACAAACCGAAAACCCUUUGAAAACAGUAGGUAGCAAGGUCAUUUUUUUAAAAAAAGAACCAACUCACAAUGUUUUUACCAAGCUGCAAACCCCUGGAACACCAAAUGCACAGGUCCCAUUGAUAUUACUCUAGAAAGCAUUCUCCCAAAAACAAAGAGGCAAAUAAUCAUGGCAACAGCUUGUGCAGCCAUCUGCCUUCAUGAUGUACACCACACCAGUUAUCGGGCUGACCUUGAAACUUUCAUUUUGUACUUGGUGGGUCUCCUGUUUUUGUGCUUUCCCACUCCCUGUUCCCUUCCACCCUUUGUUUUGAGGGGUUCAUGAACCUAUGUGUGCCUUUGCUUUCCACCCUUGCUAUACACUGGUAGAUACAACAAAUUCAGACUCUCAUUUGUUGUAAAGUUGUAAAGUAUUGUGGUGUCACCACUUUCCCCUCAUUUCCACAUCCCCCUAACAUCUGAAUCACAACUUAAUGUAUGUUGUAAAAAAAAAAAAAAAAAAAAAAAAAAAAAAAAGACAGAA